UUGCCUGGACGUGGCUCGUUGUUUAGUGUGCUUGGCACUUCCUUGUAAACGCAGGCAGGAAAUCGAAGGCAUUUUAAAAUCAAAACAAGAUUACAAUAAACAUCAGAAAUGCAUUUUACUCUUUAACAAGCCGGAGCUUUCAGUAAACCGUUAUCUCCGUGUUUGCAUUGCAGAGGAGCGUUUGAGGACGAGGGACAGUGUGGGGAUUUAGAAUCGGUAUAGACCAGGGGAACUGCGUUGAACGAAAAUGAACUCAAAAUGGUUCAAAUAAAAUCAAAACCUCCAAACAUCCGAAUGAAAGUCUUUAUCUGUGCAGCUUUUAUUACGACGAGCUCAAAAACGUAGUACGAAACUUGGCAACAAAUUGUUAGAAACACGAACAGUUUGUUUUGAUUUUUUUUGGAUGAAACUUAACGCCACGUCACACGUUUGACAGCCUGCUAAACAGUCCGUACCGAUACGCUUGUGCAGCUACAUGAUACUGGAUUACGCUAAUAAUAUUGCACUUUUUUUAAAUUUAGAAUAAGCAAUUCAUAUGCAGUUUGAUUUAUUAUUUAUUAUUUGCUAAUGGUGGCUGGUCUAUAAUCGGUUGCUAGCUGGAGACCAAAUAAUUCCUUUGUUUUGUACUGUGCUAUUCUUUUUAAUGCUUUUGUUCAAUCAUUGUCUCUUUUAAUACAAUCUAACUGAAAAAAUAAAUAAUCAAACAUGACUGCUUCAAACUGGGGUUUGAUCAUGAACGUGGUCAACAGUAUCGUGGGAGUGAGUGUGCUCACCAUGCCCUUUUGCUUCAAGCAGUGUGGCAUGGUUCUGGGAGCUCUCCUGCUGCUCUUCUGCGCCUGGAUGACCCAUCAGUCCUGCAUGUUCCUGGUGCACGCUGCCAGCAGCAGCAAACGCAGGACCUAUGCUGGACUUGCUUACCUUGCAUAUGGAAAAGCUGGAAAAAUGCUUGUGGAAAUGAGCAUGAUCGGGCUGAUGUUGGGCACCUGCAUUGCUUUCUACGUUGUCAUUGCAGAAUUGGGCUCCAGUUUCUUUGCCCGGUUAUUGGGGCUUCAGGUGACCGGCGGUUUCCGUGUGAUCCUGCUCGUUGCAGUGUCCCUCUUCAUCGUCCUGCCUCUGAGUCUGCAGAGAAACAUGAUGUCCUCCAUCCAGUCCUUCUCUGCCAUGGCCCUCAUGUUCUACACACUCUUCAUGUUUGUGAUGGUGCUGUCCUCCUUCAAACAUGGCCUCUUCAGUGGGCAAUGGAUGAAGCAGGUCAGUUACGUGCGCUGGGAAGGCGUCUUUCGCUGCAUCCCUAUCUAUGGCAUGUCUUGCGCCUGUCAGUCGCAAGUGCUUCCGACCUACGACAGCCUGGAUGAGCCGUCCGUUAAAAGAAUGAGCACCAUCUUCACUUCCUCGCUGAAUGUUGUCACCGCCUUCUACAUCACUGUGGGAUUCUUUGGCUAUGUGAGUUUCACGGAGGAUAUUGCUGGGAACGUGCUGAUGAAUUUCCCCUCCAAUCUGGUGACAGAGAUGAUCCGAGUGGGCUUUAUGAUGUCUGUGGCUGUGGGCUUCCCCAUGAUGAUCUUGCCCUGCCGACAAGCCAUCAACACCAUGCUCUUUGAGCAGCAGCAGAAAGAUGGCACCUUCGCGGCAGGCGGUUACAUGCCUCCCCUCCGGUUUAAAAUGGUCACCCUUGCCAUUGUAUUUGGCACCAUGGUGUGCGGGAUCCUCAUCCCCAACGUGGAGACAAUCCUGGGACUGACUGGAGCCACCAUGGGCAGCCUCAUCUGCUUCAUAUGCCCAGCCCUCAUCUACAAAAAGAUUCACAAGAAUGGGCUGUCUGCUCAGCUUGUGCUGUGGGUAGGGCUGGGGAUCCUGCUGAUCAGCACGGUCACAACGCUGUCCAUGUCCGCGAGCGUGCCAGUCAAGCAGGAGCCUGCUGCUGUGCUGGAGGACCUGCCAGUGAAGGAACAGGACAGGGAGGUGCUUCUGGAACAGGGCAAGAUCUCCGUUGAGGACCCGGUUGUACAGGAGGAGGCUGUGGGCGGACAGGAG